ACCCACUAGUCAACAUAAAAAUAGAUGAUAGAUCUAAUACUGGUAUAAACAUCCCAAACAUGUUUGUCUGUGGACAAAAUGUAAAAGCGAUUACUGUAGAAAAAAUACCUCGUGGAUCAAAUGCGAAAGCAGAGUUAAUACCAAACUACCAGUCAAGAGAAAAAAUGCAAAUACUCGAGUCGGCAGGAGAUUGGGUCACCGAGGAUAUGCUUAAUGGUCCUUGCUUUCUUUUUCAGCCGAACGGAAAUUUGUUAUUUCAACCGUCAGCAACUGGAAUAGAUUAUAUCUCGAUUAAUGUUCUGGGAGAUCUCAAUAGUUCGGAUUAUGUUUUAUUCGGACUAUAUAAUAAUGAACGUAAUAUUUCUCAAACAAGAACUUAUCCUUUUAGAAGAGAUUCAGUAAAUUCGUUUACUUUUUCGAUGGUAGAGAGAAUUAAACUUUCUGGAGAAUCGCAAUCAGAGAUCAAUAUUAAUAUGCAAAAUAGCUUUUCUUUGAAAUUUGAAGCUCAGAAUAUUGCCCUCAAAUUCAAUAUUUAUCCCAAUCAAUAUAAUGUCAUACGAUUUACCGAACAGCAAGCAUACACAACCUAUGAUUUAGUUAGUGCAAUAGGAGGAGAUCUAACUUUCGUGGUCACUAGCUAUGUAAUCCUCUUUGGAAGUGGUAAAUAUAAAUCAUGGGGAAUAGUGCAACGAUACUUUCUACGAAACGCACCAAAUGCCAAAAAAGUUCCUCGAAUGGAGCGAGUAAGAAAGUCGACGAAUGAUUCUUUUCCUUCAGAAAAUUUUUUAAACAAGAAUUCACCUCCACCAUUUCUGAAUGAACGCGUGCACUCUGAAUAUUAUUUUUCCGAAUCGAGGUCUGAGAUAGCACGGAAUGCUAUGAUAACAGGGGAAAUAGUCGGUUCUCCAAUGUCUGAAAUUUCUUUCUCUAGGCAGGAGUUCAAUGAAAGAGUAAACGCGUUGAUUGAUGAAAAGUUUUGGUUUUUAGAACAAAC